AGAAAGAGAGCGGGUCACCAUGCGGUCGCUAGCUGUGGUUCACCUUGUAGCUGUCAUUUGUUCUGCAAGAUGGACGCUUGCCCUACCUCUCUAUCCUGAGACCAACCUGGAGACACAGCCGGAUUUUAUUCAUAAACUGGUAUCAGAAGAUGCCUCUUACAACACCGAAGGGGAGCAGGGGGAGGUGAAUGGGUAUCCUCUCCCGAUGCAACACAAUGGCCAAAGAGAAUCCUGGAACAAAGGACCCAAGGAGUCACCACAUCAGGAUAAUUAUGCAAACAUGGUUGAGGGCCUAAAAGAAGUGCUUCUGAAACUGGCAGCGGCCGACAAGCUUCGUUCUCAAGCGUUCCUCAGAUCGGAGCAGGGCUUGCCCAAAACCAACAAAAGAGCUUGUUUCUGGAAAUACUGUGUGACCAAUUAGAUGCCGAGGAAACACCCACCCAACACUUUGAAUGACGC